CACCCUUAACAUUUCAGUACAGUUUUUUUAAUUAGCAAUUGUUUAAUAUUAAUUAGUGUUAAAUAGUGAACAAAGUAGAUAUAUUAUGAAACUUUCCAUAUUACUUCCAAGAUGCAUAUGUCUCUAUCAUCGUAAACCAAUCAACUUGCUUGUAUUAUUAUUGGAUUGCCCCACCCUCGACCAAAUUCAGCAUUAAAAUGGGAAGAAAACUUCUCUUCUUACUUCAAUCUGAGCCACAACUUUUCUCUCUCUAUCUAUCUCUACCCGUAGGCUUCCCAUUUCCCAAUUACUUUUCCGUUUAAUGUCCGUUGACGGCCGCCGGCAAUCUAAGAGCCUCCUUAUACCCUUAUCCACCGCCGGCAGGGCCGCCACUUGCAUCGUUUUCUCACAUCUGACUAAUUAAUUAAUUAAUUAAUUUAGAUGCCGUCGCCAAAGCAUCACCGGAAAGUUGGAUCCGAGAAGAACAAAAAGGGGAAACUAUCCGAAAAGGCGUCUUCCUUCCACGGUAAGGCUCAAUUGGCGGCGAGCGUGCUCCCCCGGCCGAGGACGGUGCCGGACUUGCUCUCCGGGAGGAGAUCCAGCUGGAGCUCGGCGGAGGACGCCGCCGCCGUGGCGCCGCCGAAGCUGACGAAGCUGCUGCUGAACGUGACGAUACAGAGGAGCCUUGGCGCCGUGAGGGUGGUGAUGCCGCUGGAGGCGACGGUGGAUGAUCUGAUCGCGGCGGCGCUCCGGCAGUACGCCAGGGAGCAGCGUCUGCCGGCGCUCUCUUCUCAUGACGCUUCCGAUUUCGACCUCCAUUAUUCCCAAUUUAGCUUGGAAAGUUUGGAUAAGGGUGAGAAGCUGGUGGGUUUGGGUUCAAGAAAUUUCUUUCUCUGCCCCAAGCGGCCGGAGCCGGUGGAAUCCACGGCGGAGAGCGGCGGAGCUCCGUCUAGAUGUUCCGAAGAAGCAGAUAAGGGUAGCAAGAAGGGGCUGCCCCUGCCCUGGCUCAAAUUCAUGAAUUUUUCGCUGUAAAUUGUUUGGGUCAACUCAACUGUUGCCGCAAGUAAUUGUUUUAGGGAUAGAAAGAAUAAAGAUAAUCAAUAUUUAGGCAUUUAUCUUGUUCGAAUCAUCGACUUAAAGUCAAAUUGGCAAUUGCCAUAGGAAAGGAAAUAAUGGACCGACGGAGUUAAAUUUAAUUUAAUUAUGUACCCGUGCGUAUGGUGUGUGUCCACUUGUAUAUAGUAAUUAAAUAAUAAUAUUGUAAAAUUAUUAGAACAUUCCUCCAAAUUUUCUCUGGUGCUCGAGUUUGUGCCUGACAUGUCUCUUUAGGCCUCACCUACGACGCAUGUAACGGGGUGUGUCAAUUUAAACAAACCCAUAUCCACUCUUUUAUUUUAUUUGACCUAAAAUAAAUAUUUACACUAUACUUUUUUUCAAAAAAAUCACCCAGCUUUAACUCCUAG